GAGGCAGCCAACAACUCAGGCUGGUUCCUGUGCCUCAAGAGUACUUAGCCACAGCUCUCUGCACGCGUCAGCCUCCCUGCCCUGCCCACCACCAUGGACGUCUUCAAGAAGGGCUUCUCCAUCGCCAAGGAGGGUGUGGUGGGCGCCGUGGAGAAGACCAAGCAGGGGGUGACGGAAGCGGCCGAGAAGACCAAGGAGGGGGUCAUGUAUGUGGGAGCCAAGACCAAGGAGAAUGUUGUGCAGAGCGUGACCUCAGUGGCUGAGAAGACCAAGGAGCAGGCCAACGCUGUGAGUGAGGCCGUGGUCACCAGCGUCAACACGGUGGCCAUCAAGACGGUGGAGGAGGCAGAGAAUAUUGCCAUCACCUCUGGAGUGGUUCGAAAGGAGGACCUGGGGCCUGCCCCCCUGCAGGAGGACAAGGAGGACAAGGCAGCCAGAGCAGAAGAGAAAGUGGCUGAGGAGGCCAAGAGCGGAGGAGACUAGAGGGAUGCCAGUUGGCCAUGGAGCCUUCGAGGAAGAGCCCUCCGCCUCGGACCCCACCCCCACCUGGCACACAGAGUGCCCAGCCCUGGAGCGCGACCUGGGCUGCCCAUGUUCCCACGCCCACACCCGGCCACCCACAGGCCUGCCCCUCCCAAGCUGCCUCCGACGCCUUCACCUCCCUCACUCCCUCCCUCGAGGCCUCCGCCCCUGGUCCUUCUGACCCCACAGAUGCUGAGGUGAAAUUUUGUUUUUAAAGAUUCCAAAUGAAACUCAAGUCCUCACCCCUG